AUGCCACUCCUACGACGUCGCGGCAACACGCCCAGCGAGCCCAACAUCCAAGAGUACGAAGACAGCGCCCAAGAUCCUGUCGGAUGCGAGGAUGUCGGGUCCCCGCCACCACAAAGCGAGACUUCCGUCGACAAUGAUGAUGCCGCUGCCGCUACCUCCACCGAUCCCCAGAGCCGCGCGUCUACCGUCAACCUCCCCGAGACCCCGCCGGCUCAGGAAGAUACCAACAGACACAAGCGCUUCUCCCUACUGAGGUUCCGUAAUGCAUCUGAUCCCCAGCUUUCCCUGAGGGCCAAGCAACAGGCUGAGAAACCACCGCCUAUUCCGCGUCCUCCGGAAAUCAUAACUACAGCCCCGACCGGCGAGCUUCAGGGCCCCAAGAAGAAGUCGUCGCGGAUGAGCCUCGUCGCCGCCAGGCUGCGCGUCUCCAGCGAAUUCUCACGCGAGCACAUCGAGUCGCCCGACCUGUCUAACUCCCACAGGCAACCGAGAAAGUCGCUCGCAGAGCAGAGAGCCCGGCCGACCCUCGCCACCCUCGAGGAACCACUUCCCCUACCCUCGCUACAACCUACCGCUGGAACCAAUGCCAAUCCCUCGACGACCCCUGCGACACUGACGAAUAGGCAGUCGGAGUCUUCCCGGUCCGAUGCCAGCUCCAACGACCGUCUCUCUCAUCAGAGUCCUGCCACAACUCCCAGGAAGUCCCCUAGCAGCAACCCAUUCUUCAAGAUGCGGAGGGCCAAAAAGUCUCCCGAACCCAUGUUUCCCCUUUCGCACCUACCUCAAAAGGACAAGACUCCUUUCGCCUCCCAGGCGUCUCUGCCAGGAACAUCGAACCAAACUACGACCCCACGACCGUCGUCUGUCCGCAGCAGCAACGUCUCGCGGACUCCUACAGAUCGUGCCGGCCCCUCUCCGGCGGCUGCCCUGUUUAGCCAUGGCGGUGGAGGGUCGCGAUCUGGGCAAUCGUCGCCCACGCGGCCGAGCUUCCUCAGGGGCCGGUCGUCUACUAUGAGUUCGUUGGGCGGCGGCCGUGAUUCCGCCGACGAGCAUCAUCUAGCACCCACCACCCGGACAUCAUCCUCGACGGGACGUAAGAGUUUUGGCGACCUCCUAGGCCUGACACGCUUGCGCCAAAAUUCGGAGCUGAGCCGUCAAGGCACCAUGACCCCCACAACCCCUGCCUCUGCCGCAUCCCAGAGCAACUCGUUCCAAAUCGCUAGGGAUUCGAUAUCCCUUCCUGAGAAACGUGAGGACGAAUCCGCCGCCAAGUAUCUGAGUCGCGUCGAAGAGAUCUUUAAAAGGGGCGUCAUCGCGGCGGCCCUCUCCAAACAUUCCGACCCCUUCUCUGCCGCUGUGCUGAGGAGUUACAUGCGAAGCUUCAGCUUCUUCGAAGACCCUAUGGACAUGGCCAUCCGCAAGCUCCUGAUGGAGGCUGAGCUUCCCAAGGAGACACAGCAGAUCGACAGGUAUCUGCAGGCUUUUGCCAAUCGAUAUCACGAGUGCAACCCGGGAAUCUACACCAGUCCUGAUCAGGCCUACUUCAUUGCCUUCUCCCUCCUCAUUCUCCACACCGAUGUCUUCAACAAGAACAACAAAUACAAGAUGCAGAAGCCCGAUUACCUAAAGAAUACCCAGGGAGAGGGUGUAUUUGACGAUGUCCUGGAAUGUUUUUACGAUAAUAUUAGCUACACACCCUUCAUACAUGUUGAGGACGAGCUCGACGCUGCUGGUGAACGGGCCAGCAUCAAGAACAAACGGAAGAACAUACUGGCGGGAGCCAAUGAUCCCGCCAAAAGGGCCGUCAAGGAACCAAUCGACCCAUACACCCUGAUCAUCGACGGCAACCUCGAUGCCCUCAGACCCAACCUCAAGGAAAUAUUGCCCCUCGAGGAUCAUUACAACUACCUAGGAACUGCCACCAGCCUUGACUUGAGGAACUUGCAGGAGACCUUCUUCAGGACGGGUGUCCUCCAGAUUGUGUCGGCUCGCUCGCGCCCCGAUGCCUUCAUGACGGAAAAGACGGCUACCAAUCCUGAAGAUGCCGGACCCGGAAUUGUUGAUAUAAAGAUCACAAAGGUCGGCCUCUUGUGGAGGAAGGAUCCAAAGAAGCGCAGAACGCGCUCGCCCUGGCAAGAGUGGGGCGCAAUCCUCACCGGAGCGCAGCUCUACUUCUUCAGGAACACGGGCUGGGUCAAGAGCCUGAUGCACCAACGUGAGAACCAUGUCAAAGCUGGCAAUGACGGCGUGCCCAUCAUCUUCAAACCACCCUUGGAACAUUUCAAGCCAGACGCCCUCAUGUCGACACACGGAGCGGUGGCACUGCAUGACACAUCGUACAAGAAGCACAAGAAUGCUUUUGUUUACGUGCGACAGGGCGGACUUGACGAGGUCUUGCUCGCCGACGACGAGGACGAGCUCAACGACUGGCUGGCCAAACUCAAUUACGCAGCGGCAUUUAGAACGUCCGGUGUUCGAAUGCGAGGUGUCUUAGGCGCAAACUACGACGGUCAGGGUCGGCGGGGGAUGCGCCGUCUCGACGGUGCCGAGGCCGAGGCCCUCAUCGACACGCCCUCGGGCCAGGUGUCAGUCGUCCGAGGUCGCAUCAACCACCAGGAAGCCGAGGACAUCCAGACGGCGAGGCGAGCUUUUAUGUGCCAAAAGAUUGAGGAGACGGAAGAGAAUAUCAAGGUGUCGCAGAAGAAGCUGGAUGAUCAGCUCCGGAAUGCACGUCAUCUUAUGAUUCUGGCUCCCAUCCAGCCAAGGACGCGGGAGCAAGUCUUGGCAUCGGCAGUCAACUUGUCUGCUCGGAUCAAGUGGUCGCGGGUGGAGAUUUGGAGAGAAAAGUGUCACCGUGAUAUCCUCAGCAAGGACCUGGAUGAGGACAACCCCAGUCCUCUGUCCAGGGCGAGCCCGCUCAUAUCGGAUCUGAAUAUGUCGUCUCGCGAGAGGCCAUCGUCUCCGACAAGGUCUACCUCGCGGCACACCUCCAAGCUGGCAGCAUCACGCAGCAGCGAGAAAGCGCCGGAGGUUCCCGGAGGGCUGCACAUUGCUGUUCCCUCGGAACACGAUGAGGCCUCUGCCGAGUCCCCCGGGGAUGCCAAGUUUGAGACGCCACCGCAGAGUGCAGUUGAACCCAACGGCGAUCGUCGCGAGUCCCGUGAUGGAUCGACCACGGAGGGAGAUGGCUCAACGACGGCCGACACAACCACAGCCAGCGCGCCGGGCUCACCGCUGCCACUCCGUCGGGGAUCGGUCGUGGCCGAUGCUGGCCGACGCGCGUCCAAGUCCAGCGAGAACCAAGAUGACGUAGAUGCUGACGAACGCGAAUUCCUGCAGCAGGCCGGCCUCGUCGAACACAGAGCCGACCUGGAUUCCGAGAAGGGCACCGUGUCGACGUCGGUCGACGGCGGUGAUUUCGGAUCCCCGGUCGACAGGACCAAGAUCCGGCGGAGUCUGCAGCGCACCCUUAGGGAAGGCGCUGGCCACCUGUCCCACCACCGCAGCAGCAGACGCGGCAGGGAAGGGCAGUCGAUCGGGCCCACUGAGGAUACUGUCAGCGAGAGCAGCGUCCUGCCCCGCAGCACGGGCAGCUUUGUCGUACACGGAAAGAAGGCCUCGGUCAUCAACUUUGGCUCGGAGCUGCACUACGUACCCACGGAGGAGAAGAUGCGCGGCCGCAAGUCGAUGCCGUCGACAGAGCUCCACCAGCCCCUGUCGCCCGCUCUCAGUGCCGGCGACGACGACGACUUCUACUCGGCCACCGGCGACCCAGAGGAGGAAGAGCACUCACGACGUGAGUCUGCGGCGAGCGCCAGCACGGCCACGGCCCGCAGCUUCCGCGAGCUGCACAGGAAGUUCUCGGCCAACAAUGCUAGGCGAAGCGUAUCCAACAACGGCGCCGGGCGGCUGACCAUCCCCUCUGACGGGGAGAGCGAAGCAGCCGUCAGCUUUUCCGAAGGACGCAGGUCGCCCCUACCUCCCAUGCAGACGGAAGAAGAUGAGGGUGGCGACGGAAACGAGGCGGCGGUGGGGGACGAUGGCGAGACGAGCAGUACGACCCCACCGUCCAAGAAGGAGGUGAAGAAGAAGACGUCACUCCUGGCGGAGGGGGAGUCAUCGGUGGAAGAGCUGCAGGUCCAACAUUCGACGGAUAGGCCACCAUCUCAAGACACGGCGACGCUUGAAAGUCGUUCUCUACAACCAGUUAAUGCAUGA